CGGGCGACAGAGAUAGUGGAUAAUCCAAGGAGAGCGUUCGACCGACGCAUAAACCACACAUCUCUUGCUCUCUUUCAGUUACGAAAGAGGGAAUUUGGGAGCUAAGAGACGCUGACUCGGCUAAAGGUGUUGGAUCGGGCUGCAUCGGAAGCAUUUGAAAUCUUUUUUUGGUCCUGCUUGGGAAAGGGAGGCAACAAGACCCACCCUUCAAGUUUUCUGCCCUCAUUAGACAACACUGACCCUCUGUGGAUUGUGCUUAGAGGGGACAUAUAUGCAUGUUAAGUAGAAAUAGCUGUGGAUUUUUUGCUGCAGUGACAUCUGAACACUGAUGCCACAGAUUCCUCACAUGCACAGAUGUAAAUCUGUUCCUUCCCACCCAUCUCUCCCUCCUCUCCCUCCUUCUCCCUGUUAGAAGCAUCACUUAUUCCUCUUCUCCUCUGGCUUACCCUGCUGUGAACGAUAUUGAAGUUCACUGCGACUUCAGUUGGACAUCGGGAGUUGGGCAAGACUAAACAAGGACUAACCGGUCGAUUAUCCGACUACGCCACCUCUCCCAUUUCUCACUGGGUGUCUCUGUAUGUGAGUGUGUGUGUGCUUGUGUUUGUGAUUGCGUGUUUGUAUGUAUCUCCUGCACCCCUCCUCUUCUCUCUAUCUUUGGAUUACAUAUUUGUGUUACUGAGCGUCCAUUUGUUCACCUUUCCUUUUGUCUCUUCUCGUUGUCCCGCAUUGUUGGGAGCCUUUCUGCCAUGUGCUAUGGAUGCUUAUCACAGGGUUAACCCUCAAUGAGCCAGAAAGGACGGCAGGGAAGGAUGAGCGAGUGUUCUGGGGCAGCUGUGUCCGGGGCGGUGAUCCUGGAGGAACCUGAGGGUCCAGGAGCUCCAGGGGGCCGAGGGGAAGGCCCGGCCCAGAAUCAGGGUCCCCUUCGCUGUGCCGUGUGGCCUCGCCAGCAGACAUGGCUGUGUGUGGUCCCUUUGCUUAUUGGUUUUAUUGGCCUUGGAUUGAGCCUGAUGUUGCUGAAAUGGAUUGUUGUCGGUACAGUGCGGGAUUACGUGCCAACAGACCUGGUGGAUGCUAAUCGAAUAGGCCAGGAUCCUAUAUUCCUGUCCAAGCCAAGCGGGAUUCCCAAAAGUCCCGACACUACCACCACCACAACUACUCCUACAGUUGAUGGAGGGAACCCCACACCUAGAACUGUUACUGCCGCCAAAGGUAGAACUCGUUCCACCGCUACUACCACGACCAUAAACCCUAGAGGAGGUGGAGCCUCGGGUAGCCAAGUAACACCAAGGAAUCCUGGAAAUCGACGUGGACCUCCUGUUUUUACUACGACCACCGCGGCGUCACGGACGACCUUCGUAAUUGGAGCAGCGACAUCUAGCCCCUCACCGUCAAAUCCAACCGUUCUGCAUGACUCUACGCAGAUGUGGACCCUGGAGCAUACUACUACGGAGACGGUCUCUACGACACUCACCACGCGCACGCACGGUCACCGCAAAACACCUUCUCCGACCGUCCCUCCGCUGCACUCGGAGCAUUUUAAACCGUGCCAUGAGAAGGACCUGGCGUACUGCCUGAACGGAGGAGAAUGCUUCGUCAUCGAGACGCUCAGCGGGCCGCACAAGCACUGCAAGUGUCGAGAAGGCUACCAGGGAAUCCGCUGUGACCAGUUUCUGCCCAAAACUGACUCCAUCCUGUCAGACCCAAUGGAUCACUUGGGCAUCGAGUUUAUGGAGAGCAAAGAGGUGUACAAGAGACAGGUGCUGUCAAUCACAUCCAUCGCCAUGGCAAUCAGCCUGCUUGGAACGCUGUGCAUGGCGCUGUACUGCCGCAACAAGAGGCGCAGAGAGAAGCUCCAGGCUCACCUGAAGGAGAGUCGCAGUCUGAAGAACUACACCGCUAACUCCCAUAACUCCCAUAAUGCACUGGACGCCAAGCCGAGGGCCCCUAACGCCAACCUGCAGAUGCACGAGUAUUUCAAACGCUCCUCCCAGUCUCGCCAGGGAACCGUUUCUGAGUCCAGCUUUGCACACGGCACCAAUAUCUCCAGCUCCAGAGGCGCGGCCAAACAUCCCAGAAGUGGUUCCCUGUCUCACAGCCCGGAUCAGAGAACCCGGGCCUCCCAUUGGUCGGCUCCACGCAGGACCCCGCCCAUCCCGAGGGGAAGGCUGAAUCCGAUUGGAGGAUCCAAGUAUUCAGGCCCCGCCUACCAACAUCUCCAGGAAGUGGACUCUUCUGAGAGGGAGGCUGAGGCUCAGAGAGGCCCCUUCUUCCCGAGAUGUCAGACGCAGGGCGAUCCUCGAUGUGUCGACCCCAGAAGAGAUGCUUUCCUUCAUAUGCAAACGCCUCCUGUUUCCUUUGAGACAUCCUCGCCAUCUUCUUUGAGCGUGGAGGUGCGUUCAGGUGCAAUCGAUCCUAAUCCUUACACCCGAAGUCUACGUAAACCCGGACGUCGCCAUAGCAACUCCCCGCCUCCUCCGUUUCGCUCCUGCUCCAUCCCCAUCAUCCCCUCCGUCCAGUAUCACCACGACAACGAGGCGUCUUGUAUGCAAACCAGCGUCUCCUCGGCAACCAGGGCCAUGUCUUCAGGAGGAGGAAAGGAAGCAAGGAGAGAGAAAACGGCAGCACAUGUUGUCGCGUUGUCUUCUACUUCCUGCUCCUCUGCAAUUGGUCAGCAGCGGGAUGAGGUGGCGCUGCUAUUGGAGGAGGCUCAGGAGCAGCUCAGGAAGUUGGCGUUGGCAAACAGGAAGCAGGAAGUGGAGGCGAGAGAAACUGUUUGCUUCCUGAACCUUAAUGGAGGAAGUGUCGGGGCGUUGAGCUGCAACGGACCAACGCAAACACAGCUGCUCACCCCCAGCCUAUCACACAGAGACCUGGGCCAAAUCAGCCAAUGAGAGGACUCCAUUUAGGACUUUCACUUUGACAGUGUUUGACAGACUAUUGUGUUCUGUAGGACACCGAAUUGAAAAAAAACAACAUGUAAUAUCAUGGAAAAUGUGCUGGUGAUAUGCAUUCUGUACGGAUCGAACACUGACCGCCUUUACACUGACUGACAGUACGGAAGAAAAAGAAUAUUUACAUGCAAUUAUUUACAAAAACAAGAGAAACACUUAGGCAAAAAGAAACCAAAUAGUCUGUCAACUCCAUGGUGUUUUUAACUGUAAAAAGAAUAUAUAAAUAUAUAUAUAAAUAUAUAUGGAUAUAAAUAUAUGGAAUUCAAAAAGUGACCAAGUACAAAGUUGAAGAACACAGGAAUGAUGUAACUUUUGUUUUCUUCUCCUUCUCCCUGUUUUUGUAUUAACUC